AUGCCUACUCCCGAAUCUGAGCUCUUCCUCAAAUAUAAACCGACGGUUCCUCCAACAUUCAAAGAUGUGGACAUGAAAGAUCAUGACGCGGUGAUCAACGCCAGAGACGCCAUUAUCCGGGAGCAAUGGGUACAGAUCAUGAUGAAGCGGUUAGUUGCUGAAGAGCUUGGCAAAUGCUACAGAAAGGAGGGCGUCAACCAUCUAGAGAAGUGUGGCAAAUAUAGAGAUCGAUAUCUCCAGAUGCUCAAGGAACGAGGAAAGUACCAAGCAACGGGUUAUAUCGGCAAACAGAAGUCAUACGUGCCAGGUGUGGAUGGUCCGGAAGCUCCUGAGGUCCCCACCAACUUCCCCACUGUGCAGGAGAGAUUGGGCGCGAAGGCUCAUCGAAACAGAAGGGCCGCGCCCCAGAUGAUCCUGCUCGGCAAACGUGGCCGCAAGCACCGCGCUUCGGACGAUGCUGCAGCAGCCGCUACCUACCGCACGGGAAAACGUGGACGGCCGCUGAAAAGGCGAGAUGGUCUUUCAUCCCGACCACAUGAGCAGACUAGGAGUUUGAUCACUGAAUCUCAGCCAACUGUGGAAGACAACGUGGACUCAUCGCAGGCAAGCAGCGAAUCUCAGAUGUCACCAUUCGAGAGACUGCCGACCGAACUCAUCCAAAGCAUCUUUUUCCUGUCAUUAGAGACGAGUCUCGCCAACACAUGCCGCUCUUUCAACGGCGCGCUUUCAGACGAGUCAAUCUUUCGAACGCUCAUCUUGUUCGCCUACUUUCAGCCAGAAGAGGGAGAUGACGAUGAUAUUACCACUUGGGAGAGGCGAGCGGUGGAGGAAGAGCACUUCCGUCCAGCACAGUACCGACUCCUCGACUUUCGAGAACGAGCUAGACUCCAAGAGACAAUACUAGGAUACCGUUGGUGUACUAAGGCUCGAAUAGAUGCGUGCAUGCCGGUUCUGUGCCGCCUCGCAAUGGUGCAAGCUUGGCACAGAGAGGCCCACAGGGAAGAGAUGGGAGGCGAUGCGUUGUUGCUACCAGAUCUGCACGAUGAGUCCGCCAUGAGGUCGUAUUACGAGGCAUACACAAAUCCCGACGAGGACACCGAAGUCGAUGGAGCCUUGCGACCAUGGAUUUAUUCGACGCGAUCGAUGUGUGCGCGUGCCGCUGUAAAGGAGACAACAAAGUUCACAUCCAAUAACUCGCCGGUCCUUGCCACGCUCACAAUUCCGCCAAAACUUCUGCGCGGCUCUCCUUGGACGGAACAAAAGUUUUCGUUUCUCAAGCUUCUGUUCGGAGGAUUGUUAGGUGCCACGGGGACCGGGGACUUCCUCCCAGCAUACACAGGUGAAGAGGGAAGGAACGAAGAGACUGCAAACGCAGCGUUUCAGGGAAUGGAGUCUGCCAUGCUGGAAGGUCGUCCCGAUAUUCUACUGUACUUGCUGGAGAGAUGGGAGAUAGCGUUGGAGGAGCAUCCAGAGAAGCGUACGCUACCGCAGAGAUUGUUUCGGGUUGCACUGGACCAGGGACACGAUCGAACCGCUAAUUAUCUUGCUUUACUUUUCAAAGUUCAGCAGGACCUCCACGGUGCAUAUGAGGAAGCCUUCACAGCCUGGGCAUUGCAAGCUCGGCGUCAAGGUAGCGCUCUGGGACAGUGGAUUCUGGACAAGCUGGAGGCGCCGCCUGGCCAACUCAUCCAGCUUCCUGAAGAGGUCGCGGUUGCGAAGUCCUAA